AUGACAUUAUCGGAAAAAGAAGUAUUCUUCCAGAGACUUUAUACAAGAACAAAAAGUUUGUGUCUUUUAGAAAAAGAAUGUAAUAUUUAUAGGUUGAAGUCAAAUGUUAAGACACUAGAACAUUUGUAUAUUUUUCUUCAAGAUGAUAAAAAUCUAUCUGAAGAAAUGUUAUUAAGUUAUGGUAAUUGGUUGUAUGAAUUAAAAGUUAUCCUAGAGGCACUUUUACAAAAGUCAACUGAAGAUAAAAUUAAAGUACUAGAUAAACUACCACGAACAUAUCCAAACAUAUCAUAUGAUUCUUCAAAUGAUACAAAGCAUAAUGAUAAUUUAUCAACUAAUGCUGUAAAUGCAACAUUGAGAAAUCGUUAUUAUAAAGAUUGUAGAGAUGAUCUUCUUCAUAAUAAAAAGAAGAAUAGUGAUGAAGCAAAUUUAUCUGUUUACCAAACUGUUUAUUAUGCUGACUUGAGAAAUGAAUUAUUUGGUGAUGAAACAGUGUUAGGAAAUGGCAAUACUGAACUUUCUAGUGAUGAAUAUAUGUUACAACAAAGUGAAAAACAAGAAAAAUUAGCAAAUGAGUUGUUAAACUUGACAAAAGCCAUGAAAUCUAAUUUUCAAGCAACAGGAAAAGUAUUGAAAGAUGAUAAUGCAUUGUUGCAUACAAUGAGUCAAAAAUUUGAUAAGUCAAAAGAUAAGUUAAGUAUUGAAAGUAAAAAUUUAUCAUUACAUGCAAGAGGUAGUUUAUGUGAUUGUUUAACUUUUCUUAUGAUUUUUGUUGUUAUUUGGUCUUUCAUUGGAAUGGCUAUGAUGAUGAGAUUUUUUCCAAAAAAUGUUAUAUAA